AAAUCAGACGCUCACCACUACAUGCAGCCCAAAAAAAACAACAACGUUUGACGUGCGUGAAAAUUGGUUAAGUUUUUAUGAAAAAAACUUAGUUAACUGACUUUUUGACAGCCAUCGAGCAAUCCAUAUGCUGCGGGGGAGUGCGGGGCUAAGGGCAUUAAUCAUCAGGACAUUGCAAAAAGGUCCGUUAACGUGAAUUUUGCCAAGUGAAAACGGGGUUGUGCUGUGUGUGUGGAAAACGGAACAAAACGGUGCCAAAAACGCAAGGAAAAGCUGCGAAAGCGGUGCACAGCAAACGGGUUGAUAAAGCAGCAGGCUUAGACAAACGCGGCAGCCCAAGAUAUAGCCAUUUUAUCAGUGCUUUUAACCGAUUUGCCAGCGAAACAAUAACCAACAUCCAGUAACCACCCACACAAACAUAUUGUGUACAUAAUAUAUACAUUCAUACGUACAUACGUAUAUUUUGCGUAGUGCGGCGCUUGAAAGCUGUUUCCCAUCACCAUAUCACCGCCAUUCAUUGCAAACCCACUCUGGAACCCAUCCCAUCUCCACCGUACCACAUGUCCUACAUGAUGGCCAAAACGCUGGAGGAGCAGAGCCUGCGGGAGUGCGAACACUACAUCCAGACGCAUGGGAUUCAGCGAGUCCUCAAGGACUGCAUCGUCCAGCUGUGCGUCUGCAGGCCCGAGAAUCCCGUGCAGUUCCUGCGACAGUACUUUCAGAAACUCGAGAGGGAACAAGUCAAACUGGAUGCCAGUAGACAGGUAAUCAGCCCCGACGACUGCGAAGAUCUCAGCCCGAUGCCACAAACAGCUGCUCCACCGGUUCGCAGGCGAGGCGGAAUCUCCGCCGAACCCGUAACCGAAGAGGAUGCCACCAACUAUGUUAAGAAGGUGGUGCCCAAGGACUACAAGACGAUGAAUGCCCUGUCCAAGGCGAUUGCCAAGAACGUCCUGUUCGCCCACUUGGACGAGAGCGAGCGAUCCGAUAUAUUUGAUGCCAUGUUCCCUGUGAAUCACAUUGCCGGCGAGAACAUCAUCCAGCAGGGCGAUGAAGGCGACAACUUCUACGUGAUUGAUGUGGGAGAGGUCGAUGUUUUCGUCAACUCCGAACUGGUGACCACCAUCAGCGAGGGCGGCAGCUUUGGUGAACUGGCCCUCAUCUAUGGCACUCCUCGCGCCGCCACUGUGCGCGCCAAAACCGAUGUGAAGCUGUGGGGCAUCGACCGCGACUCCUACCGCCGCAUCCUGAUGGGCUCAACCAUCCGCAAGCGCAAGAUGUACGAGGAGUUCUUGUCGCGCGUGUCCAUCCUGGAGAGCCUGGACAAAUGGGAGCGCCUCACAGUGGCCGAUUCCCUGGAGACGUGCUCCUUCGAUGACGGUGAGACGAUUGUCAAGCAGGGAGCCGCUGGCGAUGACUUCUACAUCAUCCUCGAGGGCUGUGCGGUGGUGCUGCAGCAGCGUUCUGAGCAGGGCGAGGAUCCCGCCGAGGUGGGCCGUCUGGGUAGCAGCGAUUACUUUGGCGAGAUUGCUCUGCUUUUGGAUCGACCACGUGCGGCGACUGUUGUGGCUCGUGGGCCGCUAAAGUGCGUCAAACUGGACCGGGCGAGAUUUGAACGCGUUUUGGGACCCUGCGCCGAUAUACUCAAACGCAACAUCACGCAGUACAACAGUUUCGUAUCGUUGUCCGUUUAAGGCCGCAACAACGACAACAACCACUACAGCAGAUCAACAACAAAGAGCAGCAGCAGCAAAGAAAGCAACAACAACCGACAAAACAAACAGAAACAACAACGCAGCGAACGUGAGAAACCAACAGGAAGACGAUGGGAACUAGUUGGAUAGAUACAUAGAAAAGAAAAACAAACGCUCAGCAGCAUAAACAUGAAGUCGUAAAUUAUAUAAGUGUGUAAAAUUAAUUGUCACAGCCAUUUGAUUCUCGAUUCUGUCGGAGAUUCAGAUUCAGAUUCAGAGUGCACGGGGGCUGAGGGCUAAACAAAUAUUAAUUAUCCGAUUCUGUAUGUUGUGCUGAAGUUAUAUAAUUGUGUAUGUGUGUGUCUCUGUGCAAAGGUUGCGGCGGCAUGUUCCACACCCCGCAACCCCCGAUAUCGGAGAUAGCUUUCCCCGGAUUCAUCUAUAUACUUCUACUUCUAUCAACUUCUUUCAAAUUCUCCGGGUCUUUCGAAAAAGAGAGCCCAUUUGUAUAAUCUAUGGGACAUGCUGCCUCCUCGAAAACGUUUCAUUAAAUAUCCAACAGACAUCUGAAUGUUUUUUAAAAAAGAAAUAAACAAGAUGAAUAUAUGUGUAAUAACUUAAAUCAUAAAAGGCAGCACACACAGGCACAAAACACAGACACACCAACUCACACACUCUCAUACGAGGCAUGAAGUCAUGGAAUUAAUAGGACAUGAAUGAAACAAUUGUAUUUUGCUUGUAUGAUUCGUUGUUUUUUGUCUAGAACAAAAGCACAACGGCAGCAAUUAAUUAACCAUUUUAAUUAUAAUUUUAGUAAAUUAUUCUUACAAGUAAACGCGUAGCACAUGAAGUCAGCGAGCGUAAGCUUUUUAAUUAAACAUUAAAAUCAGUGAAAACUUCAUGUUUUUCCCACAUGUUUCUUGUUUCUUCAUCGAAAGGUGUUUCGUAAUCUUAACAUAGUUUUAUGAUUUUUUAUUAACUAAUUUAAGCUUGAGCACAGCGAAUGCCUAGUUUAAACUGUUAUCAAAGAGGUAUUUCCGUUCUUCAAAAAAUGUACAUAUGUCAAGUUUAGAAAAUUGUUUUAUUUUCUUAUAUUGUAAGACUGUAAUUUUUGGAGUUUUGGGCUUUAAAA